AAUGCAAUCAUGUGCCUCUUGUAUCAGGCUCAAGAAGAGAACGUUGUGGAUAUCGGAUCCUGCGUAGCCGUCGUAAUUCAGAAGAUCAGGUGCAUUGCAUUGGCAAAGCUAAGAAAUACAAUGAGACGGCAACUCGUGUAAAAGAGAUCCUGCUCAGCACAGUCAGUCCGGAGCAGUUUGUUUUAACGCUGCUUGAAGCGGAGCCUCCCAAUGUAUUGGUGAGUCGUCCCAGCAAACCAUUCACGGAGGCCUCUAUGAUGAUGUCGCUGACAAAGCUGGCAGACAAAGAGCUGGUUCACAUGAUUGGUUGGGCCAAAAAAAUUCCUGGCUUCAUUGAUCUCAGCCUCUAUGACCAAGUAAGACUCUUGGAGAGCUGCUGGAUGGAAGUUUUAAUGGUUGGUUUGAUGUGGAGAUCAAUUGAUCAUCCUGGGAAACUGAUUUUUGCACCAGACCUUGUAUUAGACAGGGAUGAAGGGAAAUGCGUAGAGGGAAUUUUGGAGAUCUUUGAUAUGCUCCUGGCCAUGACCUCGAGGUUCCGAGAGCUGAAACUGCAGCACAAGGAGUAUCUGUGUGUCAAGGCAAUGAUCCUCCUCAAUUCCAGCAUGUUUCCCUUGUCAGCAGAAGAACCUGAAAGCAACAGGAAACUGCAUCACUUGCUUAAUGUCGUCACAGAUGCUUUGGUGUGGGUUAUUGCAAAGAGCGGAAUCCCAUCGCAGCAGCAGACAACUCGCCUGGCCAAUUUGUUGAUGCUCCUCUCUCACGUCAGACACGCAAGUAACAAGGGAAUGGAGCAUCUCCUGAGCAUGAAGUGUAAAAACGUGGUCCCAGUGUAUGACUUGCUGCUGGAGAUGUUGAAUGCACACACUCUUCGAGGGCAAAGGAAAUCCCCGGUCACACAUCCCGAAUUUGUCCCGUUAGAACAAAUGGAGACUGGAGACAGCCUGCGAAACGGGGCAGCCCAGUAAUUUUGUCAAGACCUGGGAAUGUGGAGCUUGUUUAAAUCUGUGGGAGAAAACAAAACUACUGCGAUGGGACUGCUGAAGUGUGAUGUAGUGCGAGUCCUCAUGUCUUCUAGAUUUGCACAUCGGUAUCUCGGGAAAGGCUUGUGGGACGCACAGCUCUGUCCGCGUUCCUGACGUUAAAAUAGCUGCCCUUUUGUAGUGCCUUUUCUGAGACUCUUCAAAAGCACCUUAUGAAAUUAAGCCUCAGAACAGCACUGCGAGACAGGGAAUUACUGCCUCUCCUUUUCAGAGGCAGGUGAACCGAGAGAGAAAGGGACUGGAUUAAGAUGACAGAAGUCGUCUGUGUCAGGGCUAGGAGUGAGCACCUAGGUCUCUGUCUCCCAGACCAAGGCUUUCAAGCGCUAACAGGACGAUCUCCUCUUUCAAGCAUGAGAUUAUAUGAAACGCAGAGCAGCAUCAUUUGGGACAGAUCUGCUUACCUGUGUGUGCU